GUUUGGUAGCGAGACGCGACUGGUUUACCUGAGGACAGACUCUCAUGAUGCCAACUUCAAACAGUUCCACUUCUUCAGAUAAAAUCUUCCGCAGGGCAGUCUCCGAACUGGACUCUAAACAGGUCGAGUCUGUUACGUCACCGCGCUUUGUGGGAAGGAGGCAAAGCUUAAUCGAAGAUGCCCGGAAGGAAAGAGAAGCUGCUGCGGCGGCGGCUGCGGAGUCUGCUGAUCCCAGUGAUCAGAUUGUCUUCGAGGAGGAGGAUGGAAAGGCCAUGGUUAAUCUCUUCUUUACCCUCCGAAGCACCAAAAACCCGUCUCUAUCCCGUACUUUCAAAGUGUUUGAGACUUUCGAAGCAAGGAUCCAUCAUCUUGAGACUAGACCCAGCAGAAAACCCAAAGACAACUUGGAAGAUCUUGAGUAUUUCGUCCGGUGUGAAGUUCACGUGUCUGAUAUCAACACUCUCAUCAGCUCAGUAAAGCGAAUCUCUGACGACGUGCGCACAACCAAAGAGGAGAAGUUUCAUUGGUUUCCCAAAAAAAUUGCAGAGCUAGAUAGAUGUCACCACCUGGUAAUGAAGUUCGACCCAGACCUUGACCAAGACCACCCAGGAUUCUCUGACCCCGUUUACAGACAGCGCAGAAAAGCUAUAGGUGAUAUAGCGUUCAACUACAAACACGGUGACCCCAUACCACGAGUAGAAUACACAGAAGAAGAAAUCGGCACAUGGCACGAGGUAUACUCAACCCUGAAGGGCCUCUACCCCACGCACGCCUGCAGUGAACAUUUAGAGGCCUUCAGGCUUUUGGAAAGACACUGUGGCUACAGCGAGAACAACAUUCCCCAGUUGGAAGACGUGUCACGCUUUCUCAAAGAAAGAACUGGGUUUCAGUUGCGCCCCGUUGCCGGCCUCCUGUCAGCCCGAGAUUUCCUGGCGAGUCUGGCGUUCCGUGUGUUCCAGUGCACGCAAUACGUGCGCCACGCCUCCUCACCCAUGCACUCCCCUGAGCCAGACUGCAUUCAUGAGCUUCUAGGCCACGUCCCCAUCCUGGCUGACAAAACCUUUGCACAGUUCUCGCAGAACAUUGGUCUGGCUUCCAUGGGAGCAACUGAUGAAGAAAUUGAAAAAUUAUCAACACUUUACUGGUUUACGGUGGAGUUUGGACUCUGUAAACAGGGUGGUGUUAUUAAAGCCUAUGGGGCCGGAUUGCUGUCAUCAUAUGGAGAGCUUAUACAUUCUCUGUCAGAUGAGCCGGAGCUGAGGGAGUUCAAUCCCGAUGCUGCUGCUGUUCAACCGUACCAGGACCUGAACUACCAGUCAGUGUACUUUGUGUCAGAGAGCUUCGCUGAUGCCAAGGAAAAGCUCCGAGCCUAUGCUGCCAAUAUCAAGAAACCUUUUUCGGUGCGAUUUGACCCUUACACCGACAGCAUGGAAGUCUUGGACAAUCCUCAGAAGAUCAAAACUGGCUUGGAAGUUUUAAAAGAGGAAUUAAGGGUUCUUACCGAUGCUCUGAACUUUGUCGGAUAAUAAUGUGCAAACCACUGUGCCAAAUGUGCUGGUUUUCUUAUGACAUGCAUUUGCUUCUGUGUAUUGCUGCUACACUGUUGUGGGGAUGGAUAGGCUAGCUAGAAAAUAACUAGAUUGAAAUAUAAGGCACUGGAUUAGAUUUAUAUUUCACAUCUGUGUUUUUAUGUGCACGUGAUACCAUCUGGAUUCAAGUAGUUUUAGAUUUUUUUACAAAACAUUUAUAUAUAUAUAUAUAUAUAUAUA